AUGCCACCCGCAGAAUCCUCAAAAGACAUUCAGCAAGUCCGUCAAAUCAUCGAUGUCUUCCAUGAGAUCUCUACUUUAUUGAAUGCGAAUCUGGAUAGACAUACGCUGUCGAUAUGUAUCUCGCUGAUUGAGAAUGGGGUUAAUCCGGAGGCGCUUGCUACUGUUAUUAAGGAGUUGAAGAGGGAUGGGGAGGAGACUAUGCGACAGGUUGAGCAGAAUGAGGGAUGA